CACAUCCAUCUCAACCAAGACUCGCAACAAGCAAUGGAAGCCCUCUUUUUCAAUGCCGAUGACGGGUAUCUCGAGGCUGUCGUCCGAGGAUACCGCAGCAGUAUCCUCAACAAUACCGCCUACAUCAACCUGACCCAGUGCGAGACCCUUGAAGAUAUCAAGCUGCAGCUCGCCGCUUCAGACUAUGGUUCACUUCUUCAGAAUGAGCCUCACCUUUCGACCUCGAUGCUCGCUCAAAAGUGCACCGAUAAGCUGGUGCAGGAAUUCGAGUACAUUCGCGCCCACGCCGUCGCACCUCUCUCACAGUUCUUGGACUAUAUGACAUAUGCCUAUAUGAUCGACAAUGUCAUCCUGCUGAUCACUGGAACGCUGCACGAACGUGACACGCACGAGCUUUUGGACAGAUGUCAUCCCCUGGGUGUCUUUGACAGUAUGCCAGCCCUUUGUGUGGCGACAAAUGUAGCGGAAUUGUACAAUUCGGUGUUGGUCGAGACACCGUUGGCGCCUUACUUCAAAGAUUGUCUAUCAGCAGAGGAUCUGGACGAGAUGAACAUUGAGAUCAUCAGGAACACGCUCUAUAAGGCAUACCUGGAAGACUUUUACCACUUUACACAGACCUUUGGCGGACCCACGGCUGAGAUCAUGGCUGAGCUGUUGCAGUUUGAGGCAGAUCGUCGAUCCUUGAACAUUACAAUUAAUUCUUUUGGCACUGAGCUGUCUAAGGACGAUCGCGCAAAGUUAUUCCCCAGUAUUGGACGCCUAUACCCCGAGGGAAACCUCAAACUUGCAAAAUCGGACGACGUGGAUCAGGUCAAGGCCACCUGCGAUGUUUUCCUGGAGUAUCGUCAGUUCUUUGAUGGCGCAUCUGGUACUGGGUCAUCCAAGACGCUCGAGGAUCGAUUCUUUGAGUAUGAGGUCCACCUGAACAAGAAGUCGUUCCAGCAGCAGUUCCACUACGCGCUUUUCUACUCAUUCUUGAAACUCAAGGAGCAGGAGAUCCGCAACAUUGUCUGGAUCUCAGAGUGCAUCAGUCAGGGCCAAAAGGAGAGGAUCAACAACUACAUCCCCAUCUUCUAAGAGCAUCUAUUAUCAAUUAUCAAAGCAGCGUAUGAGGGAUUGAGGGUAUGAGCGAGUGUCAUAGUCAAGACAAGACAAAGAAACGAUACAAUUAAAUCAUUCAGCGUG